GCCCUGGCUCUGGCGCUGGGACUACAGCUCCCGGCAUGCCUCGCGCCUGGUACCCGCCUGCAGCGCGCGCUGAGCGGAGGAUGCAGACGCCGAGGUCGGCGAUGAGGAUGGAGGCCGGGGAGGCAGCGCCGCCGGCGGGGGCGGGUAGCCACGCCGGGGGCGCCUGGGGCAAGUGGGUGCGGCUGAACGUGGGGGGCACGGUGUUCCUGACCACCCGGCAGACGCUGUGUCGGGAGCAGAAGUCCUUCCUCAGCCGCCUGUGUCAAGGCGAAGAGCUGCAAUCGGACCGGGAUGAGACGGGGGCCUACCUCAUUGACCGUGACCCCACCUACUUCGGGCCCAUCUUGAACUUCCUCCGCCAUGGCAAGCUGGUGCUGGACAAGGACAUGGCUGAGGAGGGGGUUCUGGAGGAAGCUGAGUUCUACAACAUCGGCCCACUGAUCCGUAUCAUCAAAGAUCGAAUGGAGGAGAAAGACUACACAGUGACCCAGGUGCCCCCCAAACAUGUGUACCGUGUGCUGCAGUGCCAGGAAGAGGAACUCACACAGAUGGUCUCCACCAUGUCUGAUGGCUGGCGCUUUGAGCAGCUAGUGAACAUCGGCUCCUCCUACAACUAUGGCAGUGAGGAUCAGGCCGAGUUCCUGUGUGUGGUGUCCAAGGAGCUCCACAGCUCCCCACAUGGCCUAAGCUCUGAGUCCAGCCGUAAGUCCAAGUCGGCGGCGGGUGCGCAGAGUGCCGAGGAGCAACUGGAGGAGCAGCGGCGGCAGGAGGUGGAGGAGGUGGAGGUGGCCCAGGUGCAGGUGGAGGCGGAUGCCCAGGAGAAAGGUCCCCAUCCGCACCCUCCCAGACCCGAGCCUGAGCUUGCUGUGAGAGCUCCUCGGCCCCGCGCCCGCCCCCAGAGCUGCCGUCCCUGGUUUGUAGCCUGGCAGAGCUGGAGGGAGGGGCGGAAGCAAGGAGGGUGCUCAUCUCUUGUACUUGGACUUGAGCCGAGCUUUCGGCUGAUUUUCUCCACCCACCAAAGUCUCAUCCUAUCUGGGCCUUGGGGUGAGGACCCAAGGACAGAGGUGGGGACUCUCCUACCUGCCGGCCUAUGGCGUGGGUGCUGAAGCCAGGCUGGGGAGGGGAGGACUGCGGUGCCUCAUGCCUCCACCUCAUCCUGCAUGUCCAGGAGUUUAUGUGACACUGCAUGUGGCACUGUGUCCCCUACUUCCAUGGGGUGGGGAGGCCAGGCCACAUGUGGCAUCCCUUGGCUGACGAGGAGUCUGCCAGAGCCCAUGAAGGAGGCAGAAAAGCCCCGACAGGUGACCGCAGCCCCUGGUCAGCCCUACAUACCUGCGUGUGGCCUUGGGCAAUUCCCUGCCACAGUUUGAUUCUAAAAUGGGAAGGGAGAGCGGCUCCCUGUGACCUGUUUUGCCUGGGAUAGCUGUGAUCUGCCAUCCCCAGCCCUGCCCCACCCUGGUUUAGAGUCUUGACAGAAUCUGGCUUCCCCAGACUGCCUUCACCAGCCCAAAACUGGCAGCUGCUCCCCUCCCCGGUUCUGACACCACUUCCUCUGGGCCUCAGCCCCACUUCUCUUCAGAGCCAGCCUGGGACUCACAUGCCUUUCUCUCUCCCUCUCUCCCUCCCUCCCUCCCCCUCCUUCCCACUGUCUCUUCCCAACUCUCCUGCCCUGGCAUCACCCCUUCCUCACCACCCCCUCCCCCGGUUUUCUGACCCCCUUCUCCUCUUCCUUCUGUUCUUUCCUCCCUCUUAUUUUCUAGCUAUUACAAGCCAGAGGCACCCGGAUGUGAGCCCCCAGAUCACCUCCAGGGACUUGGGGUUCCGAUCUGAAAUCCUUUAUUUUUGUACUACGGGGUGGGCCCCUGGCCGGAGGAGGAAGACCUGCCCUUUCCCCUGUCACUGCUGCCUGCACCUGCUGGGCUGGGACUCACUCCUGCCUCCAGGCCCAGGCCUGGGGCCCACUGGGACCGCAAAAGGCCUGAGAUGGGCCCUGGGGUCCCCAGGCAGAGUCACCUGCCCACAGCCAAAGUGUGGCACUGUCCACCCUUACCUCUCAGGCCCCUUUGUCCCCUCGCCUGGGUCCCCCUGCUGCAUGGCAGAUACACUCCCUCCCCCCAACCCAGUCAUGUCACCUCCUUGAGCCUCAGUCUCCUUGUUGACCCCAUAGGGUCACCCCUCCACACACCUACCUCACAGGGUUGUUGUGAGGGUGCAAGGAGGAAUGAGGGUGCCUGGAAGCCCUUGCAUGGCUGGGGCUGCCGGCCUUCAUCUUCUCGGGGAAGUCUAUAGCCCUCAAGUGGGGCACUGUGUCUUCGGGUAUUGGUUGGUGGGGGCAGUGUGGGAAUUUAGCCCUGCAGGAAGGAAGGCGUCACCUUGGCUUCCCUGCCACCAUUCAUCUGGCUAUGGCGAGCCCUGGCUAUAGACAGUGGGGCUGCCCAGGAACUUGUGACGGGGAAGGGGAGUCCACUCUCUGCCCGAAGCUGGGUCAGGUGUGACAGGGACUCAGCUGCCCUUCCUGUGUCUUGACCCCCUGGGAUGGGCACACAUCUGUCAGCUGUGUUCCACAACACCGUGAAUAAACCUGAACCAACAGCCUG